AAUUCGGAAAAAAUUAAGCAAGGCGAUGGUGAUGCUGAUGCCCGUGAUAAAGAUUUAUUGCAGGAAAAUUCAAAAUUACGAAAGUUACUUUUCGAAGUUCAUAAUCAAGUUAUCUCAUUUAUAAGCUCUCAAACACAAAUGCGUUUUGCAUCAAUAGAUCCGGAGCUGGCCAGUUUAAAAACCCCUGAAUCGUACAAUUCUAGAGCGGCACACACUCAACUUCCAUUUGAACUUUUUGCCCAGAAUCUAGAGGAAGAAGUUAAAGAUCUUUUACUAGCUCUUCAGUUUGAAUGGAAUAAUCGUCCUGUUGGUAUUAUUGAAGAUUUUCAACAAAAAGAUGAAGAGAAAGAUAAAGAAAUUAUUCAAAAGAAUUUUGAAAUUAAACAAAGGGACGAUGUGAUUAAACAAAAUGAUUAUGUAAUUAAACAAAAGGACGGUGAAAUUAAACAAAAAGAUCAUGUGAUUAAACAAAAAGACUAUGUGAUUAAACAAAAGGACGAUGAAAUUAAGCAAAAAGAUUUUGUGAUUAAACAAAAGGACGAUGAAAUUAAGCAAAAAGAUUAUGUGAUUAAACAAAAGGACGAUGUGAUUAAACAAAGGGACGAUGUGAUUAAACAAAGGGACGACAUGAUUAAACCAAAGGACUAUGUGAUUAAACAAAAGGAUGAUGAAAUUAAACAAAAGAAUGUCGAAAUUAAACAAAAGAAUGACGAAAUUAAACAAAAAGACUAUGUGAUUAAACAAAAGGACGAUGAAAUUAAACAAAAAGACUAUGUGGUUAAACAAAAGGAUGAUGAAAUUAGACAAAAGGACUAUGUGAUUAAACAAAAGGACGAUCAAAUUAAACAAAAAGAUCAUAUGAUUAAACAAAAGGAGGAUCAAAUUAAACAAAAAGAUUAUGCGAUUAAACAAAAGGAUGAUGAAAUUAAACAAAAGAAUGUCGAAAUUAAGCAAAAGAAUGCCGAAAUUAAGCAAAAGAAUGUCGAAAUUAAACAAAGGGACGAUGGGAUUAAACAAAAGGAUGCAAUAGUUCAUCAGCAAGAAGCAAAAAUUGGAUCACUUGGGAAUCAGCUCGAGGAAGCUACAGUAUUUGCAGAGGAAGCUCAACAAUUAAUUGUCUGA